GGCAUCAGCCACUCCACCAGCAUCUUACCUACAUGUGUACAACAGGCAUCAGCCACUCCACCAGCAUCUUACCUACAUGUGUACAACAGGCAUCAGCCACUCCACCAGCAUCUUACCUACAUGUGUACAACAGGCAUCAGCCACUCCACCAGCAUCUUACCUACAUGUGUACAACAGGCAUCAGCCACUCCACCAGCAUCUUACCUACAUGUGUACAACAGGCAUCAGCCACUCCACCAGCAUCUUACCUACAUGUGUACAACAGGCAUCAGCCACUCCACCAGCAUCUUACCUACAUGUAUACAACAGGCAUCAGCCACUCCACCAGCAUCUUACCUACAUGUGUACAACAGGCAUCAGCCACUCCACCAGCAUCUUACCUACAUGUGUACAACAGGCAUCAGCCACUCCACCAGCAUCUUACCUACACAACACAGCUGAGCCCACACAAGUCGAGUCCACUGUCUGUUGAUGAUGUCAUGAACCACAGCGACCUUAGAGGCAACACAGUCAUGACAGCAGCAUUGGAGUAGCAGGAAAACAGAAGUUGACUUCACAAUGUG